AUGACAAAAUGUUUUGGCCCAAAUGCUUAUAAACUCUUAGUGAAAGCUAGUUUCAACCCACGUGAAGAUUCUACGCUUGGAAGGCUUCCUGCCGAAGUUGUUGGCGAAAAGGUGCAUGGCCUCAAUACUACUCAGAUAAUGUUGAAAGAAAAGGGACAUGUUAUUCAAAGUCCUAGAGUUGGUCUUGGAUUUGUUCCACAAAAGCCAAUUCGUAUUGCUAUCAAUAGAGCUACCAACUCGCGCCAUCCGUCUUUGAUAGGCUUGGACCACUUAGAGAGUGAGGGCAUGAAAAAGGCGACAAACGAGGGUUUGAUAGACUUACGCCAUCCGUCUUUGAUAGGCUUGGACCACUUAGAAAGUGGGGGCAUAACAGAAAGAACAAAGUUGAAGGCUAAAAUGCGAACUGUCGUCUUUACAAAAAUCCAAGACGACGAGGAAGAUGACAGAGAAAGUGUGGCAUCAUCGUAUCAUAUCACUUUAAGUGAAAUAGACGUGAUUGAGGAGGAAGACGCCGAAAUUGCUCCACCCGAGCUUGAAGAAGGAGUCAAAGCCACCAUCGAUGAGUUAAAGGAAAUUAAUUUAGGAGAUGCGGAGAAUCCUCGACCAAUCUACAUUAGCGCUUUACUGGCUGUCAACGAAGAGGAGACUUAUAUUGAAUUGUUGCACGAGUUCAAGGAUGUGUUUGCAUGGUCUUAUAAAGAAAUGCCCGGAUUGGACCCAAAAGUGGCAAUACAUCAUCUCUCCGUGAAGAAAGGAGCUCGCCCUGUAAAGCAAGGCCAACGUAGAUUUAGACCUGAAUUAGUCCCUGCAAUUGAGGCUGAAGUGAAUAAACUUAUUGAUGUUGGUUUCAUUCGAGAAGUCAAGUACCCAACAUGGAUUUCAAGUAUUGUCCCUGUCAGAAAGAAGAAUGGGCAAAUUCGUGUAUGUGUUGACUUUAGAGAUUUGAACGAAGCAUGCCCUAAGGACGACUUUCCAAUGCCAAUAGCCGAACUAAUGAUUGAUGCUACUACGGGCCACGAAGCAUUAUCAUUUAUGGAUGGGUCAUCAGGUUACAAUCAAAUACGAAUGGCGCCGAGAGACGAAGAAUUAACAGCCUUUCGCACUCCUAAGGGCAUCUAUUGCUAUAAAGUGAUGCCAUUUGGCUUGAAAAAUGCCGGUGCUACAUACCAAAGAGCCAUGCAGAAGAUAUUUGAUGACAUGCUCCAUAAAGAUGUUGAAUGUUAUGUGGACGACUUGGUAGUUAAAUCCAAAAGAAGGGAAGAUCAUCUCCAAAAUUUGAGAAAAGUCUUCGAGCGCUUGAGAAGGUACCAAUUGAAGAUGAAUCCAUUGAAAUGUACAUUUGGUGUUACUUCGGGGAAGUUUCUUGGAUUCGUAGUUCGUCACCGAGGCAUAGAAAUCGAACAAGCCAAGAUUGAUGCAAUUUUAAAGAUUCGCGAGCCUAGGAACAUUCAUGAGCUCAAAAGUUUGCAAGGAAAGUUGGCAUACCUAAGAAGGUUCAUUUCAAACUUAGCCGGUCGAUGUCAACCAUUCAGCCGACUCAUGAAGAAAAAUGUUCCCUUUGAAUGGGAUGAAGCUUGCACUAGUGCCUUUGAAAGUAUAAAAUCGUAUUUAACGAAGCCUCCUGUGUUGAUUGCACCAGUGCCCGGACGAUCGUUAAUACUCUAUAUUGCUGCUCAAGAUCGAUCUGUCGGGGCUUUACUAGCCCAGGAGAAUGAUGAUGGAAAAGAGAGCGCCUUAUACUACUUGAGUAGAACACCUAAUCUCAAGGAUGAAUCCUCUAAAGCUGUGAAAGGGCAAGUCCUAGCCGAUUUCUUGGCAGAACAUCCUAUCCCUGCAGAGUGGGAGUUAUCCGAUGAUCUACCCGAUGAAGAUGUUCUUGUGAUUGAAGCUAGUCCUCCUUGGAAAAUGUACUUUGAUGGAGCUUCUCACAGAGAAGGAGCGGGCGCCGGAGUAGUAUUUGUCACAUCCAACGGCGAAGUGUUGCCUCACUCUUUUACCUUAACACAAAAUUGCUCUAACAAUGUUGCUGAAUAUCAAGCUCUUAUCCUUGGGCUAGAAAUGGCAGUUGAUAUAAAGCAACUAAAUUUGGAGGUAUAUGGAGACUCCAAGUUGGUGAUCAAUCAGAUACUCGGAUCAUACGAAGUUAAGAAGCUCGAUUUACUCCCUUACGUCGAUUAUGCUAAAAGACUUAUCGGAUACCUUGGUGAUCUGACGAUAGAACAUGUGCCUAGAAAUGAUAACAAACAAGCGGAUGCAUUGGCAAAACUUGCUUCUACUUUAGCCAUGCCCGAAGACGGAGCUCAUAUAUCAAUUUUCAAGAGGUGGGUCGUACCACCAAUCGUUGAACAUGGAGAAAUUGAAGAAGACGAAACUCGAGUGGUUUACGUGUUUGAAAUCGAGAAGGAAGAUUGGCGUCAAUCAUUUGUGGAUUACUUGAAGUACGAAAAGUUGCCUAAUGAUCCACAUCAAAGAGUUGAUAUUCGACGUCGUGCGGCUCGUUUCAUCUACUACAAAGAUACACUUUACAGACGUUCAUUUGAUGGAGUCUUCUUGAGAUGUUUAGGUGAUGACGAAGCCAUUCAAGCCAUAGAAGAAGCUCAUUCCGGAAUUUGCGGCGCCCAUCAGUCAGGACCCAAAUUACAUUUCCGAAUAAAAAGAAUGGGCUAUUAUUGGCUAUCUAUGGUAAAAGAUUGCAUGGAGUAUGCCCAAAAAUGUCAACCUUGCCAAUUUCAUGCAAACUUUAGUCAUCAACCGCCAGAGCCAUUACACCCUACUGUUGCCUCAUGGCCCUUUGAUGCUUGGGGUUUGGAUGUGGUUGGACCUAUGACAAAGUCUUCCGCUGGACAUCUCUAUAUCUUGGCGGCAACAGACUACUUUUCCAAAUGGGCUGAAGCAGUGCCUCUUCGAGAAGUAAAGAAGGAGAACGUUGCAGAUUUCAUCCGCAUCAACAUCAUCUACCAUUACGAAGUUCCUCGAUAUGUGAUCACAGACAACGGAAAUCCAUUCUGCAACGGUGUGAUUGUUAAAAUUUGUGAAAAGUUUGGCUUCAAGCAAAGAAAGUCUUCAAUGUACAACGUUGCCGCCAAUGGACUCGCCGAGGCCUUCAACAAGACUUUAUGUAAUUUGCUGAAGAAGGUGAUCGCCAAGUCGAAACGCGAUUGGCACGAAAGAAUGGGAGAAGCUUUAUGGGCUUAUAGAACAACGUAUAGAACACCUACUCAAGCCACUCCAUAUGUGUUGGUCUACGGUGUAGAAGCGGUCUUGCCUCUUGAAAAACAAAUUCCAUCAUUGAGGAUAGCUAUACAAGAAGAACUCACUCAAGAAGAAAAUGCCCGUUUGCGUCUUGCAGAAUUGGAAGCUCUUGACGAGAAAAGAUUAGAGGCACAACAAAGUAUUGAAUGCUACCAAGCUCGUCUUUCUAGGGCGUUUAACAAGAAGGUGCGGCCAAGAUCGUUUCAAGUUGGAGAUUUGGUACUUGCCGUAAGGAGGCCCAUCAUCGUCACUCAUAAAAUGGGAAAUAAAUUUACUUCAAAGUGGGAUGGUCCUUAUGUCGUCAAAGAAGCAUACACAAAUGGAGCGUACAAGUUGGUUGCCGAAGAUGGUUUAAGAAUUGGUCCGAUAAAUGGAAAGUUCUUGAAGCGGUACUAUGCAUGA